UUCAGAUCGUAUAAAUCUUUCGCCUUUUACUAAAGAUUUCCGUGGAGAGGAACAAUAUGAGUUCUAUCUAAUUUUUUGAUGCCCUGCCUCGUGCGGGGCUUCCUGAACUGUCAAACAUUAAAUACCUGAAAUCCAUUGAAGAACACAGUGUGGGCGUCAUCAUGACGUCGCUGCGACGUCAAGAUCCAAGAUGUUAACACUGUAUUCGUGUUAACACAGAGGCCACACAGGUGCAACGGAGCAUGGAGCGUGUGUCAGUGCAGCAUGAAUUUGAGUACACAGCAAAGGAUGGUUGCCUUGUGUCCAUCAAGCCUAAUGAAAGUUACAUCCUGGUCUCUAAGACUAAUGAGUAUUGGUGGCACGUACGCAAAGACCAGCACACCAGGCCCUUUUAUGUCCCUGCGCAGUAUGUGAAGGAGCUUACUGAAGGCUGUCCUGGUCCCACUAAGCUGGAUUCAUCUGAGUGUGGGACUGACAGUAAGCCAGUGGACAUGGUGACGAGGAUUCGUGGAUCAUCUUAUGAUGGUUCAAGAGAGACAUACCGGUUCUCCACAUUUGGUCUCUGUGAGGACAAACCAGAUGUAAAGCCCUGUGAAACCCUGAAGGAAAAACAGAGCUCCAGCAGCUCUGCACACUUCCCGGAUAAUAAAAAGACAAACAAUUCAACAGGAGGCCUUUCAUUUACCUCAGCGCAUCUGAAUACUGACGACCAGAAACUGUAUGCAAAACCUCAUCCCGUGCCAAAGGUCAGAAACGGACAACAGUCAAAAAGCUCUCUGCAGGAUGAUGAAGUAGAACAGUCACAGACUUUUCUACUCAAGGAGGACAUGGACUUCCCUUUACCUCCUAAUUUAUCCAUAUAUGACACCAUACCAGAGCUAAAUGUUACAGAUUUUGACAUCUUUUCUGACCUGCCUGCUCCUGUCGCUUCAGAUGACCCAUUAAUGUUUGAGCAGCAGAAUUUGAAUGAAAGAGCAGAAGCAACUUCUUCUACAGAUGUGCCUCCCAAUGAGCAGGCGGAGAAUGAAAAUCUUCGGUCAGCCGUGUACGUCAAUGUAGGACAACUACGCAAAAGCAUCUCCGAGUCUCCCCCCUCGGCUCCUUCAUCCUACUCUCCUUCCUACUUUAACCCAGAGGGAUGGGAGGCGCACGUUGACGAAGAAAGUGGACAGGAGUACUACUACCACCCCGCCACGGGGCGCACCACCUGGGACAACCCCUUUCUAGACUCCCCCACGGACCCUGAGCCGCUCACCUCAGAGGAGCCUUGUUCCCCCUCACCUCCUCAGUCUCCUGCCUUUUCUCUGUCCACCGCCUCUCCCCCUGCGUGGACCUCAGACUGGGAGCAGUUGGUUGAUGAGACUAGCGGUCGGCCCUACUUCUACAACCCAAUGUCUGGGGAGACGUCCUGGGAGCCUCCAGAGCAACUGAGCCCGUAUCCCCCUCUGAUGGAGCCUAUGAGUGUGCACAGGUUCCAUGAGGACGGGCCGCCUUCUCUACCCGAGGAGGACUACCCCCCAGAGGAUUACCCAGCUGCUGAACAAAAUACCCACAAUGAGCUCCUUGCCACUGGCCCUCCCACCCUCCCUAAAGAGUUUGCCCUAAGCCAUGGGAGCCAUACCAUCAUCCCAAGGGCCUGCUUGGACCGCAGUACCCCAACUGGUUGGAACCUCACUGUGGAACAUAACGGGACCUGGGUGUUCACCAGUGAACACUCUCCAGAGCAGUGGAUCAAGUCUGUGGAUGAUCGAGGGCAGACCUUCUACUAUCUGAGAGACGGCUCUAAGUCUCAGUGGAGCCUGCCUGAGGCCCCUGUAGGUCCUGGCUUGUCCAGGAUGGAGAAUGGCGUUGACGCACACAAUGCGUCAGUCAUCAAAAACUGGAGACAAUCCAUGGGGCCUGCACAACUCGGCUCAGCCCAGGAUGAUGGGAGAUUCGUCCCAACUCACAGGAGGAAAACGUCAGACUACGGCAGCGACAGCUCCAGUACAGGAAACUCUCCAGAGACGCAGCAAAACGUGCAGAACUUAGAGAAAGCAGGAAUUCUCAACAAAACAAAAGUUUCUGAGAACGGCAAAAAAGUAAGGAAAAACUGGACCCAGACAUGGACUGUUCUCCUCGGAGGAGUGCUGACGUUCCACAAAGAUCCAAAGUCUGCAGCAACAGGGGCCUUGAACAAGACCAAUCAGAUCGUUCCAGAGGUCACGGUGGACCUGCGAGGAGCGACGAUUGGCUGGGCCUCAAAGGACAAAUCCAGCAAAAAGAAUGUUUUAGAGUUAAAAGGCAAGAACGGUGUGGAGUUUCUGAUACAGUACGAUACAGAAAGCAUCAUCAAUGACUGGCACAAGGUCUUAGUGGACACCAUACGACAACUGGAAUACCAGGACCAUCAUUCAGAGGAGGAGGACGAGAACUUAUAUGAGAAGAUUACCUGCACAGAGCGAGAUGACAAGUUUGGAGGCAGCGUGGACAAGCGAAGAUCCUCCAGGCCAAGUGUCGCACAAUCUUCCAGCACAGCAGGAGACGCAGACCAAAAGAGGGUUCGAACCAAGCUGAUGAAGUUCCUCAUGAAACGCCCCACACUGCAGUCUGUCAAGGAGAAAGGCUACAUACGAGACAAUGUGUUUGGAUGCCAUCUGGCCACACUGUGUGAGCAAGAGAAGGACACAGUUCCUAGUUUUGUGGUAAAAUGUAUCAAAGCAGUGGAAAAUAGAGGUUUAGACAUUGACGGGCUCUACAGAGUGAGUGGGAACCUUGCUGUCAUUCAGAAACUACGCUUCAAGGCCGAUCACGAGGAGCUGGACCUUGAGGACGGCCAGUGGGAGGACGUUCACGUCAUCACCGGAGCGUUGAAAUUGUUUUUCCGAGAGCUUCCUGAGCCACUUUUCCCAUACAGCCACUUUAAUAAUUUCAUCUCAGCCAUCAGAAUUUCUGAUUACAACUCAAAACUGUCUUGCAUGUAUGAGCUGGUCAAAUCACUUCCUUCACCAAAUCAUGACACCAUGAAACUCCUUUUUGGGCAUUUACGCAGGGUCAUUCAAUAUGGGGAGGACAAUCGCAUGACUGUGCAGAAUGUGGCAAUUGUAUUCGGCCCUACUCUGCUUCGGCCAGAGAUGGAGUCAUCCAACAUCGCCAUGCACAUGAUCUUUCAGAACCAGAUCGUAGAAUUCAUCCUGAAUGAAUAUGAGCGUCUCUUCCACAACAGCUAAAGCUGUCACAAGUUUCCAGUGCAGACCUGGGCACACGCCUAGUAAAUGUGCUUAAGUUUGAAGUGAUAAAUUUACAUUUUGCAUGUACAUAAACAGCCUUAGUGUGACGUCUAAAAAAAAAACUGUCUUGUAAAAUAAGUUUAAAGGGCUCUUCAAGUUUUUUUCACUCAAAAUAUUUGAGGUUUAACCACGUAAAGUUAGAUAAAGGGAUCCUCAAAUGGUCUUUGCUAAGAAUAUUUGAAGCAUGUUUAACCACUGUUUUGACCAGAUUUACUCCAUAGGAGGAAGACACUGUUAGAACUAUCUUUGGCAGUAUUGUUGGAUUGAAAAUCAAGCCACACAGGUGCAAACAGGUGUGGUUUGGUUUCCCUUUUCAGAAUUAUUUAGCUUGUUGAUUGGCUGGAAGGAAUGUAUCAGGUUGCUCUUGUUCCCUGAGACUCUGGCUGUCUUAAUCUCACAAGGCACUUUCUGCAGAUUUUAAUUGUUUAUUGUUUUGUUUGUUUUGUUUUGUCUAAAUCACAGUGAUAAUAGAACCCAAGUCAAACCUGGACGGAUGCAUUAAUGCUGACAAAAUGUUCAAUGAUUGCUUCCAUCUUUAUUUUAGAAAGUUUAAUGACUUUUAAAUAUUGUUUUGAAUUUGAAAUUACAGUAUAUCAAAUAUGGCAAUAACUAAAAUUGCAUUCUAAUAUUGUGUUUUUGUUUUCAGUCUCAUUUUACCCAUGAAUUUUAUUGUAAUAUAGAAAUGUAUAAAAAUAAAUAUUAAUACCAAUAUAUUGCUGUGAAGUAGAUGGUGAAAUAAAAUACUCGUGCGACCUAUAGAUUAUUUUCCACUGAAGUGUAAAAUGCCAUUUUCAAGCAUGCUGCACUUGAAGAAACUGUAUUAUAAUGCAAUAGAAAUAUAAAUAUGUAGUGAUACAUUUUCUGACAGUUCAACCAGUCUGAGCAUGAACCAGAAAAGUGAGAUCUAGACGAGAUUUAUGACUUGUAAAUAGAAAUAGGUGGCAUAUUUAUGCUCAAAGUUGCUGAAAAUGUGAAAGUUAUUCCAUAAUAAAAAUAACUUUGUAAAAAAGAA